GCCUGCCCAAAAAUAGAGAGAACACUAGUGUUCCAUAUACAGCUUCUUCUUCAUCUCUGCGCUUCUGCUUCUUCUGCAGUGAAUGUCUUCGACAGUGUUGAAUGAUACCAUGGAAUGAUUACAUUCAGCCUUUGGCAACAAUCUUUUAGCUUCUGAACAACUGGAUCUGCAGAAGAACACAUCAUGGACAACUUGAGUUGGGAGAAUCCGGUGGCUAUCAGAACUAAGGUUUCUCUAUGGAGCAAUCACCAUGACAAUAUCACAGACUCCAGUGAAGGCUACAACACCAGCUUCAAGGAGAAGUUGGAGCUCAACGAAGCUCUCCUCAGCUCAAGCUUAGAGCUACAGAGAAUUCUGGCAGCUCUCCAAACGAGUUCGAGUUUGGAUAGAAUCAGUGAGAGGGUGGAAAUCUCUACUCCUAGUUUAGGUCUGGGUCUGCUGCAGAAUCCAGCUGAUUCUGUUCUCCUGAGACCUGUAGUGGGUGCUACUUUGUGGGAAGCUGCUUCUUCUCCACCCAUUGGAGCAUCUGAAGAGCUACAUGUCAUCAGCAACACUUUUGAUGCCCAGGAUGACCUUUCGGCUAUCUUUUCCAGCUGCAAAAAUGGUAAUGGAUCCUUGGAUAGCCAUCAAGCAAGUGUGACUUCACAUUGUUCUUCAAGGAAACCAAGUAGCAAGAGAAAAUUCGACGAGUUCACGAGAAUAGGAGAGAACUACCACAUCCGCAGUCUCCUUGAAUCGAAUUCUUCCAGUAAAGAGGGAGGUUUUCAGAUUAGCUUCACGAGGGGACAGAAGCUGGGAUUCGUGCAGGAAGGCGACUAUGAGAUUGACAACGAGGCCAUCGCGCAAGUGAAGGAGAUGAUCUACAGGGCUGCAGCUCUUAGGCCGGUGAGUCUGGUGGCGGAGGAGGCGGUGGAGAAGCCAAAAAGGAAGAAUGUGAGGAUAUCAAGCGACCCGCAGACUGUUGCUGCAAGGCAGAGGAGGGAAAGGAUCAGUGAGAAGCUAAGGGUUCUGCAAAGGCUGGUGCCAGGAGGCAGCAAAAUGGACACUGCAUCAAUGCUCGAUGAGGCUGCCAACUAUGUCAAGUUCCUCAAGUCGCAGGUCAUGGCCUUGGAAGCCAUGGAUAACAGCUGGUAUGAUUCAGUUAGCAGUACCACAGCAGCACGCACCCUUUCCACUGCAUCUGAACCAGGCUUUUCCCAUGCAACCUUUCUCCUCCACCCAAAACCCUAAACGCAUGCAUCGAAAAGGUGAGGCAAAAUUAAGCCCUUAAAGACCCACAGUUCAAAUCAUUGUCUUCAUCAUUAGCUUGGGGUUUAGGGCUCAUGAACUCAUUCCUUUUUCCCAUUUACGUGUGCUUUUCCCAACAAAAAUCUUAAAACUAAAUAACCUUCUGAUCAUUCAAGCGGCAGUGUUAUAUAUGUUAGACAGCUUUUUCCAAAUUGGCAUGACUUCUUUUGAUGCUCAUAAAGCAGUCUGAGUCCAAAACACAUCGUCAUCAUCUCCUUCAUCAUUAGCUUUUAAGUCUUAGCCUAAAGUCUCUUUUCUUUCACUGGCCUUUCCCAUGCAAACCCUAAAGCAAGUUAUCGUGCAGUCAUGAGUGCUUGCUUUCUGCUUUUUAGGGAGCAUGACUGUAUGCUUUAAGCCCAGCUCUUCUGCUGCAUGAAGGGUUCAGGAAUCAUGACACCUAUGAUUAAGAGCCCAAGGGUACCUUGAUAUGUGAUCACCACUUCAACCCCACUCUUUUUCUUGGGUUGUUCAACCUUGUGCCUCUUAGCUUUCCUCGGAAUCCCAGACCUUAAAGCUUUGGAGCACAGUGGCAGAGACAUUCCCUCAGGGCAUGUGGCACAGAGGAGUGUCCCCUUUAAUUCGAGCAAGCGUGCCCUUGAGAAGGCCACCCAGAUACUGGCAAGCACAUGGUGGGGAAGAACAAGCACAUGCCUUUGCAGUCAUCCCUACCCCAAGUAGCUUUCUCUUUCCCAGUCUCUGUCACUGUGCAAGUCCAGUGGUGAACAAAGACUGCGAGUGAAACAAACUGUGAUGUGUAGAUUGAUGGCUACUUGGAUUGUCCAAUCGAAGUGAGCUCUCUUUUCACUCAUAGUUUUGUAUUUCUGAGAGUAAA